AUGACCGCGAGGUCGGCUCUGCUACUGCUUGCCCUGGUGGCCGCGUACCAUGGCGGAGAAGCAUGCGCCAGCGCCGCGGGGGCGGGGACGCCGCCCUGUCUGAGCCGGGCGUCGUUCCCCAAGGGCUUCGUGUUCGGGACGGCGACGUCGGCGUACCAGGUGGAAGGCAUGGCGGCCGGAGGCGGCCGCGGGCCAUCCGUAUGGGACGAACUUACCCACAUCCCAGGGAUGAUCCCGGGAAACCAAAAUGCAGACGUUACCACAGAUCAGUAUCAUCGCUACAAGGAAGAUGUCGACCUCAUGAAAGGACUCAAUUUCGAUGCCUACCGCUUUUCUAUAUCCUGGUCUAGAAUCUUCCCAGAUGGUGAAGGGGAAGUUAACCAAGAGGGUGUAGCUUACUACAACAGUUUGAUAGACUACCUGCUUCACAAAGGCAUCACUCCUUAUGUCAAUCUUCACCACUAUGAUCUCCCUCUUGCACUUGAGAAGAAGUAUCAAGGCUGGUUAAAUGCAAAGACAGGGGAUCUAUUUGCAGAUUACGCAGACUUCUGUUUCAAGACCUUUGGUGACCGUGUAAAGAACUGGUUUACAUUCAAUGAACCAAGCAGAGUUGCGCUUACUGGUUAUGAUAACGGGCAUCAACCUCCUCAAAGGUGCACGAAAUGCCCUGCUGGUGGGAACUCAGCAACAGAACCUUACAUUGUUUCUCAUAAUCUUCUCUUAGCACAUGGUUAUGCAGUUGCAAGAUACCGGAAUAACUAUCAGGCAGCUCAGCAAGGGAAGAUUGGAAUAGUUCUGGACUUCAGUUGGUAUGAGGGGCUUACCAACUCAACUGAGGACCAAGCAGCAGCUCAAAGAGCCAGGGACUUCCAAGUUGGUUGGUAUAUGGAUCCACUAAUUAAUGGACAGUACCCAAAAACCAUGCAAGAUAUUGUGAAAGAGAGGUUGCCCAGGUUCACUCCCGAUCAAGUUAAAUUGGUCAAGGGCUCAUGGGACUAUAUUGGGAUAAAUCACUACACAGCUAUCUACAUGACGCAGGAGAAAUUGCUGAACCAGACGGCAAUUAGCUACUCAAAGGAUUGGCAGGUCCAUUAUAACUAUGAGCGAAAGGGCAAACCGAUUGGAAAAAGGGCGAACUCUGAUUGGCUCUACAUCACCCCGUUUGGGAUGUACAGAUGUAUGAACUACAUCAGGCAGAAGUAUGGAAAUCCAGCAGUUCUCAUAAUGGAAAACGGAAUGGAUCAACCUGGGAACCUUACCCGCGAUGAGUAUGUGCAAGAUGACACAAGGGUUGGGUACUACCAGAGCUACCUCAGCGAGCUGAAGAGAGCCAUCACCGGCGGUGCCAAUGUGCAUGGCUUCUUUGCGUGGGCUCUCCUCGACAACUUUGAGUGGCUCUUGGGUUACACGUCCAAGUUCGGCAUCGUCUACGUCGACUUCAACACUCUUGAGCGCUAUCCGAAGAAGUCGGCCUAUUGGUUCAAACGCCUGCUGGAACACUGAUGAAGUGCCUCUGAAUUAGCCAACCUGAUGUUAUUGUCGUCAUCAUGUUAAGCACUUUUGCUUCAGUGCACCCCUUUCUUCUAAACUUAAACACAUCAA